CUCACUGACUGACGUUUUCAGAAUCAAACACUCUCUACUUUAUCUAUCAUUGGGCAGUAAGCCUUGUAGGUUGGCUUCGGACCGGGUUCGUGCUUUCUUCGACAUGUUCAACAAGCAUCCUUCACAAUUUCUGGGCAAGACCGAUCCCAAAGAUCCAGCUCAGGUCAAAGUCGCGGUGGAGAAUAUGAAGAAAUGGGCGCGAGGCAAGCUGAAGAAGGGCACUUUGAGAGAAGUCGCAGGAAGGGGAGGCAAGCUGGAGCAAUUAGAAAUCGAGUUUGCUCAUCGAGGGUACCAGGAUAUUUUCUACCUGACACGAUUCGAGCUGUCCCUUCCCCCCUCACGCCUUAAUCUUCCGCAACCCUCAUCCCCAGUCGCUAAGACGCUCGCAGACGCCAAUUUUCCUCUUCGUAAUCUGGCUCAGUCCACGCCAUCUGGUCACUCUCGGAAACAAGACGAUGCUCGUCGCCAGAAUUCGCCAGAAGAUGCAAAACACGUCGCGCCGCCCGUAGCUGCGGCGCCAACAAUGACACCAGCACGAGAGGACAAGGGCAAGCGAAUGACUGUCGGAGUGAAGGAGAUCACCUGGGGCAAACAAGACUCCAAAACCGCUCCCAAAGUUCCUACUCAGGCAUCCGGCCCGUCCACUCCUCCCUCCCCUAUACUGUACGUGCCGCCUAGACCUCCGCAUCCAGAAGCGGCUGCGAAGCUCGAUUCGCCGAUAAAGAUGGUGACCCCCUCUAAGGAUUACCCUAGUGUGCCGCCUGGUGCCGGCGUUGCGAGUACCAGGCCGCCCGGCGCAGGCAUAGCAAGUACAGGUAUAAAACCGGGUCAAAUAGCUCCAGUAUCGAUCCUCCAAACGAGCUCAACCAUGCCGCCUCCUCGAGUGUCAAUGCUUGACCCUUCUUCCGCCACCAAAACAAUCGUCGACCGAGCGCGCCAUUCUUGGCAGUUGGCCAGACCGCUGCGGUCGAGGAAGAAGAGAUCAAAGAGACUCUGAGUGAUGAGCCGCCGCGAUUGCCAGAGAUUGCCUCUGCGCCAUUGACCUCCACAAUUUCAGUCACGGAGGAAAAGGGUCAGCUUCCAGUCGUCACUGCAGGAACCGAAAGGCCAGCCUUGAAGCCAAUCAGCGUUAACGUUGCACCAAUCGCGGAGAGUUCGGCUGUCGAUACUGCUGCAGUUAAGGAAGCGGCCGCGAAGCGUGCUCUGGAGGAGAAGAUCAAAGCUUUGCAAAACGAACUCGACA